UGGGGAUCUCUAUUCAUUGUACAAUCAUGAACGGUGAUCAGGAGGAGCAGUAUGAGGCCAGGUACAGUGGUGGCACUGCUUGUUAUGGCGCCAAAGCAGAGGAUUGGAAGGAUGUAGCAGGAGAGUUUAUGAGAGAAGCGGGGGAGAUGAGCAUGGAGUUUGGAAAAGGGUGCAGGGAUAUCGUGCUGCAGAGUCUAGUGAGGGAGGAUUCAUAUUUAGUGAGGAAUUUUGGGAAGGAUUCGUAUAUUGGCUGGAGAAUUAUAGGUACCCGCGGCAAGGUCUUCUGGCGAUUGAAGUUGUUUAAUGAGUACUUGGAGCUGGAGGAUAAGGUUCCGGUAGAUGCUUGGUUGGAUAGUCUGGGACUCCUGGUUAGUGAAAAUAUGGAUUAUGAAUUCUUGGACUUAAAGGCUUCACUGCUGGAAGAGAUUGGUGUUUCACAUGUUGAUCUUCCAGCAAGUUUUGGGUGGCAGGAUACUCAAGUGGUGCUCUUCAUGCUUGGGCUGCUCUUAGAUAGAUUCCUCAAAGAAUUGCAGCAAGGUCAGAUUGAUAAAUGGCUUGCAUUGACACUGGGAAAGAGGGGAGGCAAUGAGAUUGAUGUAGAUGGGGACAUUGGCAAUGGUUGUGUCACACAAAUUUCACAAUUGACCCCAAAGGCACAGAAUGUAGCUCAUGAAACAGAUGAUGAAUUCUUUAAUGCUAUACAUAAUGAGGGAGAUAUUAAUGAAGAGGAGGAGGUUCAUGAUGAAGAGGAGGAGGUUCAUGAUGAUGAGGAUGAGAUUCAUGAUGAUUUUAUGGAUGUUCAUGAUGAGGUUGAGGUUCAUGAUGAUGAUGAUGAGGCUGAGGUUCAUGAUGAUGAUGAGGAGGAUGAUGAUGAUGGGGAGAAGGUUGAUGAUGACGAUGAAUUCCUUAAUGCUUUACCUAGUGAUGCAAAUGAUGAAGAGGUGGUUGAAGCCAUUAGAAAAGUAAGGGAGAUUGUUGGAAAUCAAAAGAAGAGUAGAGCCAUUACAAUAAGGACUAUAGAUGGUGAUGGUGAUGGUGCUGGACCAAGCAACACAGUCCAUGAGCAUCAAAAUAGAGAUAAUGAAGAGGAUGAAAGGGUUCUUGUUGAAAAUGAUAGUGACAAAGAUGAUAGUUCGGAUUCUACAUCUCCAAACAAUCAUGGAUGUGAGAUUUGUAGUGAUGAAGAAGAUGAAGAUAAAGAGGAGUAUGAAUUCACUAUCUGUGUAGAUGCAAGAACCAGAAGAAGUGCUGAUGUAUGGUUUAACCCUUCAUGGCCUGAUGUUUGGUUUAAGGUUCUUGCAGAACACCAUGGGAAUAGAAUUGCUGCAAAUCCACACAUCCAAAUCAAUGAGUUGGUUAGACUUACACAUUUAGAAUUGGGGGUUAUUGUAUCAAGGGAUAAGUGUAGAUUGGCAAAGGCUAAGAUUUUGAAGGAGAUAAAGGAAACUUCCAUAAAAGAGUUUGCACAGUUGAGAGGGUAUGCUGAAGAACUACUGAGGUUGUCACCUAAGUCGAAUGUGUAAAUUGAUACUGAGCCAACCACAACUCCAAAAGGGAAGCCACAGUUUAACGAAAUUUAUGUCUACUUAGAAGGAUGUAGAAAGGGUUUUCUAUUGAGUUGUAGACUAGUGAUUGGAGUAAACGUUUGUUUUCUUAAGGGGAUGUGUAAAGGAACCCUUUUGGUAGCUGUUGCAAGGGAUGAGAACAAUCAAAUGUUUCCAAUUGC